CUCUGUUCUGAAUUUCUACCUCCACCUCGAACACUGAGCAGAACACGAGCGAUGCAGGCUUGAGCUGCCGAGGUCCGCUGGGCCCUCCCCUCCUCAAGCAACAAGUCGACUACUUGUUGGUUAUCACCAUCAUGGAAUCUACGGACGAACGCCAGGAGCUGGAGAUCACUGCGCUCAAGAGUAUAUAUGCCGAAGAUUUUGUUGAGUGCCCCCCUCCAAAGGUUUGGAAGGGAGCACCUCGAUUGCCAGAAUUCAUCAUCAAAGUCACACAUUCUGACCCCGAGUAUGCCGACAAGAUAUAUUUUCAUUUGCAUACGAAAUUUCCCAAGACAUACCCUACGAUAGCAUGCCCUACGUUUACAAUACAGCAACCCAUCCAGGGGCUAAAAGGCCCUGAAAUUACCAGACUAUCUAGUGCAAUCCACGCAGAAGCGCAGCGGAACAGAGGCUCCGAGAUGGUCUUCCAGAUUGUCACCUUCGCACAAGAGUGGAUCACGAGCAACGUGUCACCGCCCGUCGAGGUUGUCGGGUCGUUAGCCACCGAGAUGAACAAGCGUGCGUAUGAGGAAGAGCGAGCAAAGAGACAGCGAGAGGAAGAGGAAGCGGAGCAAGAAGAAGAACGUGCUGCAGCGCUAGCGCAAGAGCUCGAAGAGCAGAUCCGUGCCGAUGUAAUACGCCAGCAGCUCGAGCGUGAACGGGUGGAGCGGGCUCGCAAGCGCGCGGUUUCGGAUAGUAUCGAGACGGACAUCUCGGAGGACACGACGCUGAGCGAUUCGUUUGCGCAAGAGCUCGAAUGGCGAGGUGUGCGAUUCAGCAAGGUCAAGCUAUUCCACCCUCAGCCAGAUUGCCUGGGCACGAUAUACCAAGCGGAGCCUGUCUGUGACAACAUGCAUGAAACGGUCCCGUUAGAGCUGCUGUCCAUCACGUUCCAUUCGCAGUAUUACACCACCAGCCAGGGCCGGAAGAAAUUGAAGCAGCUCGAGAGUGAGAUACAGCGUCUGACCGUGCUGCGACACCGAAACUUGCUAGCAGUAAUCGCGGUGAAGUUGACCAAGCCAAACUCGAGCGUCUCUCCGCGCCUGCUCCUGUUGUCGGAGCAGCGGCCAGCAGUUACGAUGCACGAUGUGCUUGAGGAUUGCGACUGGAUGCGCGAGGACCGUGCUGCCGAUUACUUGGUCCAGAUACUGUCCGCGCUUCAGGUCGUGCACUCAAAUGACCUUGUGCAUCGAGGCCUGUCGGCGAAAUGCAUCGGUUUGUCUCAACGCGAGGAAGGCGGUGCUUCGAAGGUCUUGAAAUUAUUUCGAGUCGGAUACCACGUCCGUCUGCUUGACCUCCACCGCUCGAAUCCGUUCGGUUUCAACAUGGAUCCGAGAGUGGACGAACCGCCGAUACCUGAGGGAUGGCUACCGCUCGAUGCCAUCGAAUCCCCCCUGGUGUACACGAGGAGUCGAGACAUCCAUGCGGUGGGCAUUGUGCUCCUUCAGAUGCUCAUGGGGCGAGAUGUUCUAGAGCGCUUCCCCGACGUUUACGCUGCUUUGCGCAAUUCAACUAUCUCGCCGACGAUGCAGCAGCAAGUCAUGAGUAUGCUAGUUCAGAACAAGAAACAUCCCGUCUCGUGCCUCAGUCUCCUCAGCGAGCUACAAGGAAGGCCGAGAUCACCUGUACACACUCGCACUCCAGCGAUAUCCAUUCUAGGUAACCAACGCACGCCGGGACCGAAAACGCCGACGACGCAGCCUUUCAAUGGCUCUCCGGAUACCGACUACUUCCGUGCUCCUCCCCCAAGGGCUCGACAUGCCAGCAGAUGGAAGGAGGAUUGGGAGGAGCUCGAACUUCUGGGUCGUGGCGCUUUCGGCUCUGUUGUCAAGGCCCGGAACAAGAUUGACAAUAGGAUCUAUGCAGUCAAGAAAAUUAAGCUGCGGGCCAUGCAGAGCGACAGCAGAAUCUUUCGAGAAGUCAACGCUUUAAGUCGCCUUAACCAUCGGUUUAUUGUCCGUUAUUACACAACGUGGGUGGAGACGUCAGAACCGGCAUCUACGGCGGCAUCUUCAGAUUCGGAUGAUUCCACUGAGACUGCCGAUGGAGACACAUCGGUGCCCGAUGAGAAGUCUAAAGGCGAUGACUCUGGUGACCCCUUUAGCAUUGACCUUGAUGAUCUUGAUACCGGCAGUAGACACUCGUUUCCGAGUAUCCAUUUCACGCGUUCGGGCAGCGCUACGAUUGAGAAGACGAGUGAAGGCACGUCCGGUAGUGCCUCCGAUAGCGACGAUGCCUUCGGCAGCUUGUUUGCGCCUCAGAGCACUUCGCGACCGAUGACUCCACCACCAACGGUGUCCAGGACAUUAUAUAUCCAGAUGGAGUUUGUCGAGCGCCAGACGCUGAAGGAGCGAAUUGCCGAAGGGAUCACCGAAGAAGAAGCGUGGCGACUAUUCCAGCAAAUUGUCGAUGCGCUGGUUCAUAUGUCAAGUCUGGGUAUUCUACAUCGCGACAUCAAGCUCACGAACAUUUUCAUUGAUGGCAAGGGCGACUGCAAAGUCGGAGAUUUUGGACUGGCGACGUCGAGCUUGGCGGCUGUUGACCCCUCCGACGUCACGAUGUCCCCGGCGAAUGAUGCAGAAUUGACGCUUGAUGUUGGGACACGACUCUAUAUCGCUCCUGAGGUCCAGUCAUCAAGAGGUGGUCCUCGCGAUCAUACCAAGGCAGAUAUGUACAGUCUUGGGAUUGUCUUUUUCGAGAUGAACUAUAUGUUUACUACUGGCUCUGAGCGUAUCACUGUACUGGAGGAUCUGCGCAAAACUGGCAUUUUCUUUCCUCCUAGCUGGGAUCCAAAUCGUGCUAGGCAACGACAGAUUAUCACUUGGUUGCUGCAACACAAUCCAAACGACCGGCCAAGCGCGCUAGAACUGUCGCAGAGUUCCCUUCUGCCACCACGUCUGGAGGAUGAAUACUUCAAGGGCGCUUUGAAGAUGAUGACCAAGAAGGAUUCCCCUUACCUACAGUCUGUCCUGUCCUCACUCUUCAACCAACCCAUGAAGCCGUCGCGAGGGUUUCUCUACGACUCGUCGGCCGAGUUGCCAGAGCAUGCUACUCUCAACGGCAAAGUGGUAGACGUCCUCGUGGAGAUCUUCCGCCUUCACGGAGCUGUUAGCAUGGAACCUCCGUUACUGAUACCAGUGAUUAAUCCUGAAGACGAGCGCAAUCGAGCUGUGUUUCUCGACAGGCAUGGAGAAGUUGUGUCGUUACCCAACAAUGCUCUCCUACCCUUCGCCCGGCUGGCGGCUCGCCAGGAUACCAGGCGGAUCAAGCGCUUCCAUAUUGGCGAUAUUUAUCGACCAAACAUCAUCGCUGGUCAUCCUCGAGUAGCCAAAGCAGCUGUGUUCGAUAUCAUCAGUCCUGACCUCUUGAUGGGACCAAGUGCGGCCGCGGCAGAAGGAAUCUCCAUUGUGAACGAGUGUCUCAAUAAGUUCGCUAAUGUAGGACAAUACUAUGAGAUUCACAUCUCUCACUCGCGUAUCUUCGAGAUAGCACUGGAUAGGAUUCCUGCGGAACAUCGCGAAGCAGCAACGGAAGUGCUAAACCAGACCAAGUCCUCCCAGGCUCAGAAACGCUUGUCACUGCUCCGCAAAGGCAUUGCAAGGAACAUCGUUGAUGAACUCGAGACCCUAUCGGAAGUUGAUCAGGAUAUCGAUGCGAUUAUGAACAGACUGGAGAAGGUCGCACCUCCCUUGGUUUCUUUGCUGACACCUUACAUCAAAGAGGUGAAGAGCACCAUUCAGUUCGCAAACGCUGCCGGAGUUACGCGCCCUAUCUUUUUCGACCCUCUGAUGCUAAGCAACCGAAACCCGUACUUCAAAGAUGGCAUCUGCUUUGAAGUCGUAAACCGAAACAAACGUUCAGACAUCCUUGCCGCGGGAGGCCGAUAUGACAAUUUGAUCGCGCGUCUGGCUCCGCUGAAGCCGAAAUCUGACGGGAUAUGUGCUGUAGCUGUCCAGAUUUCACUCGAGAAGAUCACCUUUGCCCUCGCUGCCUAUCAGAGCGCGUACAUCAAGACUCUGCUCAGAGAGCAGCGUUCCUUCGGCUUCUGGAGUCCUCGUCGUUGUGACGUAUAUGUCGUUUCAUAUCAGCCAGGAUAUCUAGCGGAACGAUUAGAGGUGGCGGCGAUGCUAUGGCAGCAUAACAUCAGUUCAGACGUUAUGUACGAGUCGAGUCUGCCCGACAUUGAGCAAGAGAGCCACAUCGACAUAUGCUACCGUGAAGGCAUCUUGUUCAUCGUUUAUCCAAGACCGAGGGCUAUACGACGAGAUCUCACGGCAUUCAAGGUCAAAAGCGUUCUCAGGGGCACCGAAUAUGAAGUAACCCGGCAGGAGCUCGUGCCCUUCUUAUAUCAGCAACUCAUGGAGCAGAAACGAAUCGAUCUAUCAAUCUCUGGAGUAUCUACUGUCACCGAAGCUCCGUUGUGUGUAAGCGCCUCAAGGGAGGCUACGAGCGGCUCAGACGUGCAGCUUGUUUUGCCGGGCGAUACAAAGAAGAAGAACAAACAUACCAAGCAGAUGUUCCUUGACAGAGCGUUCGAUGCGAGUUUGCAGGUGAAGAACGCUGCGAUGUCAGGGAUGCCCACACUUGCAGUGGAUGUCCCUCCUUCCGUAUUCGAGGAGAUGACUAAGAAUACUGGUUGGAUUACGGACGAAGACGCGUGGAAGGCCAUCUUGGCGAACUUCCCCGCCCAGCACACUGUGUAUGCUCACCAGGUAAAGGAAGCUGUGAUCAAGCGGAAGAUGGACGGCCACAAGUUUAUCCUACUCUUCUCGGUCCGUGACGAACGGAUGUUUCUGUUGAAUCUAUCGUAGGCAAGCAAGUGUAAUGUGCGUUCGGUGUUGGUUUGAUGUACUGUAGUUCUUGUAUCCCUGAAGAAUGUUCGAAAGUGAUGCGUCGGUGGAGUGCGCUGGAACCGCCAUUCAAUUUACUCAUCAAUCAAG